ACAAGGGUUAAUAAAAGGUUUUGUAUGUGCACUAGACGCCUUUAACCAGGAAAUGUUUGGUCAGAGUGCAGAGUUGAACCGAUACUGAGAAGAUCCCACUGUCUGUAUGCCUAAGGUGUUCGGGCACCAGCCUAUUAUGUUUUCUCCCUGCUUUUAUUUGCUCUAGGUGCAGUUCUUCUGGUUUCAAUCCAAGCUUUUUGGGUUGUUAUCCUUGGACUGAAUCCUGGACGUUCAAGAAAUCCAACUGAUUGAAACCAGGAAAAAAAGUGUAAGUUAUUAUGUCCUGGUGUGUGUGUGUGUGUGUGUGUGUGUGUGUGUGUGUGUGUGUGUGUGUGUGUGUGUGUGUGUGUGUGUGUGUGUGUGUUCGGGGAAGGGGGGUGGGGAGUUGUUUCCAUGCUUACUCAAAACAAGCUUUGCAAGUAGUAAGUAGCCAUAUGCUACAUCUUCCUCUCUGCUUUUCUACUGUAGUUAGCAGCUACAUGUAUAAACAUCAAGUCAGCAUUUGGGUUUAGAGAAACAGCUAACUUUUCAUUUCCUGACAUUUAAAACAGAGUUACUUCUCUCUCCACUCAGAGGAUCAGUUACUUAUCUGGUUAGACUUUUCAUUGAAUGCUCUUGGUUAUUCUGCUCUGUACAAGGAAAAGUCUACAGGCUGUUAGAAUAAGUGAUUGCUCAUCGUAUGAAGAACAAAAAAGAUCAGGAGAUAAAAAAGGUGAGCAACCAACCCCCACCUGCCACCACACAUACAGGUACACAACCACACCUUCCCUCCAUUACAUCCUUCCACACCCGCCCUGCCUCCAGCUCCCCUCCUCCACUGUAAGUACACAGUCGGUUGUGGGUUUUUGUGUCAGUAGACAAGCUCCUGUUGACAUCAUCACCUGGGGACUCCUCCUCACUCCCCAGAGGUAUAAAAGAUCUCUUGUUUCCGUGGCAGCAUCCCAUAGCUCUCAUCACGCCCUCUCACAGGUGCUCACACUUCUCAAGCACCGACAAAGCAGGAAACUCUUCACUGCGCUCUGAAGGGUUUUGUUUGUUGGAAAAUCUGAAGACUUCAUUCUUGAUCGCUGAUCAGUCACCGGACAAAGAGCCAGCAUGUCGAUGGGCAUGGAGAUCGUGGGCAUUGCCCUUGGUGCCCUUGGAUUCAUCAUCGCCAUCGUGACUUGUGCCCUGCCAAUGUGGAGGGUGACAGCCUUCAUCGGGGCCAACAUCAUCACUGCUCAGACCAUCUGGGAGGGUUUAUGGAUGAACUGUGUCACACAGAGCACAGGCCAAAUGCAGUGUAAGGUCUAUGACUCGUUGCUUGCUUUGCCUCAGGAGCUGCAGGCCUCCAGAGCCAUGAUGAUCAUCGCCAUCAUACUGGGCGUGCUGGGGGUUUUGAUCUCCAUUGUUGGCGCCAAGUGCACAAACUGCAUCGAAGACGAGCCGUCCAAGGCCAAAGUGAUGAUCAUCUCUGGAAUCUUCUUCGUCCUCGCUGGACUUUUGGUUCUCAUCCCCGUGUCUUGGACCGCCAGCGUUGUCGUCAGGGAUUUCUACAACCCCGUCUUGACCAAUGCGCAGAGGAGGGAGCUCGGGGCGUCGCUCUAUAUCGGCUGGGGAGCUGCCGCCUUGCUGUUGAUCGGUGGGGCGAUGCUGUGCAGCAGCUGUCCACCAAAAGAGAAGAAGUAUAAGCCACCCCGUAUGGCCUACUCUGCCCCACGCAGUGCCAGUGGAGGGUAUGACAGGAAAGACUAUGUCUGAAAAUAUCAUGUUUUGAUUUAAAGAGAUGAUCAUUUCAUUGCACCAGUUUUUUAGUAUGUUUGUGUGUGUGUGUGUGUGUGGCUGUGUGAGUGGGUAUAUUUGCUGUCUGAAACUCACAGGGUGAACCCCACAUUAGGACUCCGAGAUGAAGUUGUGUGUACAGAUAUAGAUUUUUUUCUUUUCCUUCUUUCAUUUUGCUUUUGCUGGCAUUGACAUAAUUUUACAGCCUUUCUACUACCUGCAGCUGUCUUCAUAGACUGUUUUCAUGUAUAAUGUAAAGCCACCAUUCCACUAUGUUGUAUUUAUACUAAAAGCUUCUGUGACAUUGUGUGUAUUUAAAAAAAAAACACCUGCUUCCUUAGUGUGUGUGUGUGUGCGUGUGUGUGUGUGUGUGUGGCUCUGUGAUUAGCUGUUGGCCAGUUGGUGUCGCGUUUCACUGAAACCUUCGGUUAAAACAUUGUGUGUCAUUUCCCUGACAAUACAAGGAAGAGGCAGCUCUCAUUUUACAUGGAUUUGGUUGUGUGAUUGUUCAGUGUGUGAGUGUGAGUGUGUGUUUGUGUGGUGUGCACGUGGUGUGUAUGUGUAUUUGCAUGUAAUAUUUGCUUAGGAGAGUUUCUGCCGAGACUGAAACUAAAGAUGGAUCCACGAUAUGGCCUGAGGUAACAACUUUAUCCUCCUCGGAGUUUCACCUUUUGAGAACAUGGAAGAGACUUUCUCUGUUGGCUCACAACACUUCGCAAUAAUGUGUCUCUAUCUCUGAUUUUAUUUGAAAUUGUUGUUUUAUUUUAUUGGCGAUAUAUUUGGACAAUUUAUAUUUCCCUUAGUGCCUGUUUCAAAGAUUUUUAUUGAGCUUAAGUUUUAAAAUAAAUGUAUCUUUUGUAUGUAUUAGAAGCAACAGCCUGUGCAGUCCUGUGUGCAUCAAACAAACGGAGUGUGUGUGUGUAUACUGGAUGUGUGUUUAUGUGUAAAUGUGUGUGUGCGCGUGUGACAGCCUGAGGGACGGCAGCUGUUGAAGGAUGUUUGUUUCCAGAUCAACAGGGUGUGUUUGUGUGUAGAAAAUAAAACUGUUAUUUAUGUCUUUCUUAAGUGAGAAUUGUUGUUUUAAGCUCAACAUUUGUUGGUAACUUUCAAAAAUCAAAUGCUUUGAUAAAUGUUUUUGCAGUGCU